AUCAUGAGUUUAGAUCUCCCUGCUGACUUCAAUCCAGCUUAUCAACUUCUCAAUUUUACCUCUGUUGAAGGUCCAAUAUCAACAACUUUUGCUGAUAUGGAUAGUUAUGUUCACACCAUACUAAGAGAUGCAAUGAUUUUCGGUGCGAGAAUUGGUGCUGGUGGGUUAGCUAUGAUUGCCUUGUGGUUAACUUCAAAUAAUAGAAAAACUCCAGUUUUCAUUCUUAAUCAACUUUCAUUAUUGUUUUUAGUGCUUCAUUCAGGGCUUUAUUUGAAUUAUUUAUUAGGUGGAUAUUCUAGUCUUGCUUAUAUUUUCACAGGAUUCUCAGAAUUUUUGAUUAAGCAACAGGCUUUGAAUGUUUAUGCUGUUACAAAUGUUUUACAAGUUCUAUUGACUGCUUCUAUUGAAGCUUCAAUGGUAUUUCAAGUAAGAACGAUCUUCAACCACCCAGAUGGUAAAAUGGUUGGCUAUCCAUUGAUUGGAUUAUCACUACUAGUUGCUUUAGCCACAACUGGAUUAUAUUUUUACAACUGUAUCAAAUCAAUCAUUGAUCUUUUCAACAAUCAUCACUCAGUUUAUGCCUUCAAUGCUCAAACUAUUCUUUUUGCUAGUUCAGUCAAUUUUAUGUCCUUGGUACUUGUUAGUAAGCUAGUUAUGGCCAUCAGAUCAAGAAGAUACUUGGGCUUGAAACAAUUUGAUAGUUUCCACAUCUUGUUAAUUAUGUCAACUCAAACAAUGAUUAUCCCAUCUAUAUUAACUAUUUUAAGUUAUGCCCUACCAUCAUUCAAAGCCGUUUCAUUACCUGCUGUUUCUGUUUUGUUGGUCACUUUAUCAUUGCCAUUGUCUUCAAUGUGGGCCGCUAGUGCCAACAAUGCACCAACUCCAACAUCU